AUAUUUCUAAAUUCUUCCGGUUUGGAACCGUUGCUAACAACAGCUUCCUAACUAAAAGAAAAUGUCUCGAUUUUCAUAAGUUUGAUUUAGAAUUCUCUGCGUUUAAAAAGAAAAGAAAUUACUUGCAUCACGAUGUUAGGAGGUAAUUUAGAAAAUCAGAAUUCAGAGGAAGAUUGUAAGCGUUACUGCUUCGUUGUCGACUGGUACGAUGCUGUUGCUUCGCUGACACGGCGCUACCAGUUUCUCUACUACCCUAAAGACAAGUCUGUGGAAAUGUACGAAUACAAGAAGCAUCGCGUUUUCCUAAGGCGAACUGUUUGUGACAAUAUCAGUUUAGAAGACCUCUACAUUGGAAGUGUUAUUAAUUUAUUCUCCCGACAACUUAAUGUUGUAGACUUUGGAGAUGAAUUUACCAGAAGGGAACUCACAAAUCAAACUCAGAAAACUCUUGGCUUGCUGAAUGCGAAAGCUGUUCCGAAAAUGGGAGAAAUGUUUGAAUUUAUUCAGAAUAAAGGAUUUAAGAUAACAAAGAUGAAGAUGUGUGUGCUGACACGAGCAGAAGCUGCAGAAUUUUGUCUCGGUUAUAAGGACAAAGAAUUUUACAUGAAAUUGAUCGAAAACAUGACAUCUGGUCCUGUAGUGGCUCUGGAAUUAUUGGGAGAUGAUGCCAUAUGUUCCUGGUUAAGAGCAUUAGGUCCUGUAAAUACAGAAGAGGCUGUUGCAAGUGCUCCACUGACUAUAUCGGCUCACUUUGGUGAAGCUAAUCUCUGCUAUGGACCAAGAUGUGCCGGUGAAGCAGCACAGCAGCUAGAAUUUUUCUUCCCAACUUCUGGUGGUAUUAUUCGUAGGAACCCUGUUGUCCUCGAAGAUUGUACCUGUUGCGUGGUCAAACCACAUGCUGUCCUCAGUGGGCUUGCCCCUAAAAUCAUAAGAACAAUAACAGAUGCUGGGUUUGAAAUAACUGCGAUCCAGAUGUUUCACUUGGAACGACUUUGUGCUGAAGAAUUCCUUGAAGUGUACAAAGGAGUUGUGCCAGAAUAUCCAUCGAUGGUCACUGAACUGACCAGUGGACCAUGUGUGGCUAUUGCUCUACGGGCAAAAGAUGCUCCGAAGGCCUUCCGGGAAAUGGCUGGUCCUGCUGAUCCUGAGAUUGCUCGACAUUUACGACCGCGCUCACUGCGUGCCCAGUUUGGAAUUGAUAAAAUCAAAAAUGCUGUCCACUGCACAGAUCUACCUGAAGAUGGAAUUUUAGAAGUUGAAUAUUUCUUCAAGAUCUUAGACAGAUGAAUUUGCUGGAUUUAUUUAAUUUAUUUGUUCUAUAUUCACCAUUUUUUAAAAAGAUAUUCAUUAUUUUGUGAAUAAAGGCUUUGAAAACUC